UAUUUAUUGUUUUAUAUUUUUUGUGUGCUCUAUUUCUUGUGAGAGAGGGAGGGGGCCCGGUAAGAAGAAAAUGUCUAUGGCCCCAAAGUGGAUUAAUCCGGCCCUGGCCUGGAGCAGUUUGCUCCAACUGCUCCACGUUAGCUAUGCCUCUGCUCCGUCACGUUGCCACACUUUCUUGCUCUGUUCAGUUUUCAAAUAUGUCAUCCAUCGAACUUUUGUGGACCGGAUGAGAUGCCAGCUUCGGCUAUCUACGCGUGUGAAGGAUCUGGAGCGGCGGCUGCAAUAUCUGUGGGAUUAUCUAUCACAAGAUAGUAUAUUGUACCUGUAUCCUGCAUGUCCUACCAUAUCGCCACUUAUAUCCAGGAAGUGGAGAUCGUAGAAGAUAUUAAAGGUUUCUUUUAAAUUGUAUCGUUGUUGCACAAGAAAUUCUCUCUUUACCAUAUAUUGUAAUUACAUAUUUCUAUCGUCAUUACAUUUGCACUAAUAAAGUUUCGUUCGAUUUAAUCGCCUCUUUUCUGGUGAGUAAGUUUUUUGUCGAUGAGUAAAUUAAUUGCUCAUUAAUUAAUUAAUGAGUAAUUAAUUUAAUUCCUUUAAAUUCCGGAACACUCAUGAAAGCAGCAUGGAACAAGUAUCAAACUGCACGGAUGAUGGUUUGUUUUCUGUCUGACAUAUCGAGUUUACUGAAUUGGCAACGUGUAAAGACGAAUAAGAUGGCGGCAUUUACGGAAUAUGUUCGGUCUUCUCUAGACAACAUCAAAACAGAAGAAUGUAUGCAAAGAAAGAUAAUUCUCUUGCAAACUCUUCAUGAUAGAUUGAAAGGAAAUAGUUUACAGGAAUAUAAUAUAUUUAUUGAAGAAAAGAAAUUGUAUUAUGACUUGAUGAUAUUUUUAACUGAUUCUGGACUUGUGAAGAAAAGUUUUGAGAAUGAAUUGGGUAGAGAUUAUACAGAAACUGAUUUUAUUGGUCUUCCUGAAAUCGCUGAAUAUUCUUUGUCUUGUAUUCACAUUUUAUUACCCUUUCUUCAGUAUUUUGAAUCUGAAUAUGAAAUUUAUAAGUCAAUUAUUAAAUCAAUUUUAAUUUUAUGUGCAACUCAUUGUGAUCAUUAUCCUUGGUCUUCUAAAAUCUGUGUUAAUAAAACUAAAGAUAUUUUAUCUUCUCUUUUAAAUGUAACACGUUUUAAAACUAUAGAAUUGCUAUUACAAGGAAGAAAAUCAAGUGAAAAUCUUAUUAAUUCAAUACUUCUAGCAAUCAAGCCACAUUUGAUGAAAAAUAAUUGGUAUAAAAAUCCUAGUAAUCGAUUUAUAUUCAAAUGGUUUCUUCUUCAUAUAAAGUAUCCACAUCUUUCUUGUUACUUAACAGAAGUUUUGCCACCUUCGUUAAUAUUUGUGGAUGAUCAUCUUGUUGAAAAUAAAGUGUUAGGAUUGGAAUGUUUAUAUCAUAUUAUAGAGAAUCUUCCUCCUAGUGAAUUAAAACUUAAUGGAAAAGCUGAUGUUGUAUAUGAUGCCUUGAAACAUCUCUUAUAUAUUGCUGAACUUCCAGUUAUAAAUAUUUUACAUCCUUGCCUAUUGAAAUUUCUUUCAGGACAAGAAAGAAAUCCAAAGAAUUCUUCAGUAGAUUUCAGAUCAACUCGUUAUGAUGAAGUAUAUGGACAACUUUUGUGGAAUAUGGAGCAUGAACAAAAAAUAUUAUUUCGAAGAGCAUAUUCUGCUUAUAUUCCUGAAUAUAUUAAUGCAAUGGGAAUAGCUGUAUGUUAUCAUAUGAAGCAAACUUUAAGAACGUUGUUAGAAUACUUAUUAAUAUAUGAUGGACCAGAAGAAGUGAGUAGAAGAAAUGCACUUCUGUCACUAAAAGUGUUGAUUUCUGUUGCUUGGCCAAGAAUACCUUAUCAUUGGGAAGAAAUUAUGAAAAAUAUUCUUAUUUGUAUAUAUGAAGUAGAAGAAGAAGAUAUAUCUAUUGAAGGUAUGAUUGCAAUUUAUGCUAUAUUCAUAUUUCAAAUUUAUUUAGUACAUUUCAAACAAUUACUUUGUUGUUCAUUUUUAUUUUGCAAAUUAACUGCUGUUUGCUGCAGAAUAGUGUCAAGUAUAUAUUUCUUGAUAUGCUAGUGACACACACAUGCAUAACAACA